UUAUAACAUAUUUCAUUUUUCGUCUCAUGAUGCUCUAUUUUUGCGCGACACGUUUUCUAGCUGCUUUACUGGUCCACGAGGUGUCUUUAUACAAAAGUGAAGAGCAUUGAGCUCCUCAGGUGUUUACUGUCCGUCGUACGAAUCAUCUGUCAUCAUGGAAGAAGACGAACAAAAAAUGGCUGUGAUGCGUAAAGCAUUUCAAAUGUUUGACACAACAAAGAGUGGUUUCAUUGACACCUUAAAGAUCUCAACAAUUUUGAAUACCAUGGGUCAAUUGUUUGACGAUUCCGAAUUAAAUACAAUAAUCGAAGAGAAUGAUCCUGAUCGUACGGGAAAAGUGAAUUUCGAUGGAUUCUGCAGGAUCGCUGGUCGAUUCCUUGAAGAAGAAGACGCUGAAGCAAUGCAAGAGGAACUUAAAGAAGCUUUUCGUCUUUAUGACAGAGAAGGAAAUGGUUACAUUACAACUGCCACUCUUAAAGAAAUUCUAGCUGCCCUCGAUGAUAAACUUACAAGUUCGGAUCUUGAUGGAAUUAUCGCUGAAAUUGAUACUGAUGGUUCUGGAACUGUUGAUUUUGAUGAAUUCAUGGAGAUGAUGACUGGAGAAUGAGACUAUCUAUCUUAUAUCAUCAACAGAAAGUUUUUAAGAAUUUUUGCGAAAAUCGAAAGACUUGCAUCAUUUUUCGAUGUUUUAUUUCUAACACCUCAAGCACCUAAAACUUUAGAUUUGUUAAUAAAUUAUUUGUUAAAAAAAAAAA